CUUGCCGUCUCGAGAAAAGAUGGUCAAGCUUGUUUGUGCGAUCGUUGGUGUGGCUGGAAGCGCUUUCCCUGUGGACAUCGACGCGAGCCAGCUGGUGGGAGACUUGAAGGAGGUGAUUAAGGCGAAGAAGCCGAAUGACUUCAAAGAUGUUGAUGCAGACAAGCUGCAUCUCUUCCUGGCGAAGCAGCCCGUCGAAGAUGAGAGCGGCAAAGAGGUCGUCCCUGUUUACCGCCCUUCUGCGGAGGAGAUGAAGGAGGAAAAUCUUAAGUGGCUCCCAGACGAACAUCGGGCUGCUCUGAAGCUGGUGGAAGGAGAAUCUGAUGACUACAUCCAUGCGCUGACGGCCGGAGAACCGAUUCUAGGCUCAAAGACCUUAACAACGUGGUUUUACACGAAGAACAACAUGGAGCUUCCAUCCAGUGAGCAAAUUCACGUGCUGGUGGUGGUUCCGGAGCAAGGGUUCUCGGUUCCAACAGUCUCUCAAGACGGUGUAUUCGACCACUGCAUUAAUCCAUUCUUCUUACAAUUCCGGACAGUUGACAAAGUUGGUGAUUGGCUCGAGUUUUCGUCGUUGCUGCCGCUAACGAGACGUCAGAAGCUCUACAUUCGCUCUUCGUACCAAGUGAUCGCCAACCAUGCGCUGUUCAAUCCAAAUGUGGGCAUGGUCAAGUAUGCUGUCGUCACGGGCACGCCUGGGGUUGGAAAGUCGGUGUUCGUCUACUAUGUCCUGUGGAGAUUGAUCAAGGAGAAGAAGCGCGUGCUCCUUUUCGACAACAAUGGGCUCUUUUACUUCGAUGGAUCGACGAUGCUGAUCUGUCUGGCGUUGCCAAGCAAGUUUAAUGAACAGUUUUGGUCGCCUGAUCUGUGGUGCCUUGUUGACUCGAUGGACCCAACAAGUAUCCCUGGGCUUCCCUACCGGCUAUGCUCAGUUCUUCUCGCAAGCACACCGCGACGAGACUGCAUCGGUGAGUUCAAGAAGCAGCCUCCUACUGCCGAUGUUUUCUACAUGCCACUGUGGUCGAAAGAAGAACUGGCGACAAUUGCUCCCAUGUAUCCACAUGCAGCAGCUGUGUGGGAGAAUCGAUUUGAUUGCUUGGGUGGUGUACCUCGCCUAGUGUUGCAAGACAUUGAAACUGACCCACAAGCUUUGCUGAUGUCCGCAUGCAGCAGUUGUUCUCUCGAUGAUUGCAUUAUGUUGGUGUCUAUAUACUCUGAGAUCAACUCGAAGACCAAGAUCGUUCAGACUUUGAUUCACAUCCACAGCCAAGAACCGUAUCGAAAAUACAAAGUCGUAUAUGCAUCAGAUUUGGCGAUGCAGUUGAUUGUUCGAACAAAGUGGCGAUUUGACCGCGCGAAGCUGCAAAGCCUUCUCGGUUCGUCAGAUGGAAACCCGCUAGCACAAUCACUGUGUGGAUACAUCUUUGAGUUUUAUUCUAUGGAUCGGCUGGAGCAGGGUGGGACUUUCGUGUAUCGAGAGCUGUUUUCUGGAAAGAGGAAACGCACUCCAGCUGAUGGUACAAUCGAUAUUCCACGGUCAUCGCAGCCUCGGCAAGUAGCGGAGCGUGUGGAAGUCGGUCAACAUGCAAAGCAGCUAUAUGUGCCUGGGACAUCGAACUAUACUGCUAUUGAUGCGUGGAUGCCGCAGUUCGGUGGAUUCCAGAUGACUGUGGGAAAAACGCAUGACAUCAAGGGCGGGGCGGCGGAUGAUUUGGCGAAACUGGGUCAGAACGGCAAUCGACUCUUCUUUUUGCUUCCACCACUCUACUACAAAACUUUCACCAAGAAGACUCCUCAAACCAUCAAACAGUAUGCAAUCCUUGUUCCGUAUCCCGAGGUGCGUAAUGAAUUGAGUGCUUCAACGCUUCAAUGACAUCAGCUUCUCUUUCAUGGCCUACCAAGAUAUUACCAAAAUAUUACUUCGUGAUCUAUUCGUCAUCGGAAUAACACUCAAUUAAUUUUCAUCCUGAUAAAAAAAGGUUAGUUAUAUACUAAGAUGACGUACUCACUUGAACAAUACCUCGCUAACAAAGAACAUUAAAAAAA